CAAUAAAAUUCGCGAUUACGACACUUGACCCCUUCAUACAUUACACGGCUUAACCGUAACAAUGUGCUCAUCGCGCAGAUAAAACUAGCACCCGGCGAUGUCUCCAGUCGUGACUGCCUUAGUUUCGUCCAGCAGUCGUUCUUGUUAUUCAUCGACCCGGCAGGUCUGUCUGAAGUCUUAACCGACGCAAACAUGGCAGAGGAGCCAGCAGGCAGAGGAGCGUCAUCCGCCAGUCCGCCUGGGUUUGGAGGUUUUCCCUUCCCGGUACCGCAGCAGGACGGCUCCGGGAAAGGACAUGAGCAAAGUGGGGAGGUAAAAAAGAAGCCGUGUCGAGCCUGUACGGACUUUAAGUCCUGGAUGAAACUGCAGAAGCAGCAGAGCACAGCAGCUACUGCACAGCAGAAGCAUGGUCCAGAAACAGAGCACCCAGAUCCUCAGUGCCCACUGGACAGAGAGGAGUUGGGACGGAGCACAUGGUCGUUCCUGCACACCAUGGCGGCGUACUACCCCGACCGUCCGUCUUCCACCCAGCAACAAGACAUGGGGCAGUUAAUUAACCUCUUCUCCAAGUUCUACCCCUGUGAAGAGUGUGCAGAAGAUCUCAGGAGCAGGCUGAAGAGCAAUCGUCCGGAUACGAGCAGCCGCCACGCUCUCUCCCAGUGGCUCUGCCGCCUUCACAACCAGGUCAACGUUCGGCUGGGGAAGCCCGAGUUCGACUGCUCGCUGGUGGACGAGAGGUGGAGAGACGGCUGGAAGGACGGCUCCUGUGACUGAGUGUGUGUGAGGCAGACGAACCUGAGGACAGGACCUGCAAAGACGCUAAUAUGAAGGAGCAGUGAAUGACCAAUUCUACACCUUUUGUUGUUUUGUGUUUAGUUUGUGUGACAAGUGUAAUUCUAAAAUAAAAAAAAUAAAAAAACAAUAAAAGACAUGUAAA